UCUACCAGUCGCAUAGCAGCAAACUCUCAUACACACCAUGGAUAAUAGUCUCUCAGAUCCGAGCGACUGGCUCAACACUUCACUACCACCCUUUUCGGCGCUCGAAAACUCACUACGAUGUCAAGUGUGCAAGGACUUCUUCACCACGCCGAUGGUCACGACCUGUUCGCAUACAUUUUGCAGUAUUUGCAUUCGUCGCUGUCUCUCUGUUGACGGCAAAUGUCCUGCCUGCCGAGCAAACGAUCAAGCCAGUAAACUACGACGCAACUGGGCUUUGGAGGAAGUCGUCGGUGCUUUUAAAACAGCCAGACCGGUCGCAUUGGAGAUCGCGACGAAAGAUAAGAAGGGGAAGGAAGAAGCUCCGAGUCGGCCAAACAAAAGGAGGAGAAUGCAGAGGAAUAGUGGAGGCAGUGACCUUACUGUUCGCACCACGCGGAGUCAGGCAAAGAGGACACAGGAUGCCGACGGCCAACCUCCAGCUUUCGACGGCGCAGACGACAACGGUAGUGAUGCUGAAUAUACAGAGAACGGCAGAAAUCAGCCAGAAAGAGCUCAAACACCAGAUGAUGGCUUGGUGGCCUGUCCGAUCUGCCAAACUCGGAUGAAAGAAGAAGUCGUCUUUAAUCACAUUGGAACGUCAGCAUGCACCUCUCCUUCGCAGAAACAAAGAGAACGACCCCAACCCACCACAAAAUCAACGCCACAACCGCCAACAAAUACAAAACCCCUCCCAGACCGUCUCACAGAAUUCAACUACUCACUUCUAAACGACAAAGCCCUCCGCAAAAAGCUCACAGAACUCGGUAUUCCAUCAGGCGGCUCCAAAGCCCUGUUAUCGCGUAGACACACCGAGUGGGUAAAUCUCUGGAAUGCAAACGUUGACGCAGGAGCACCACGCACGAAACGAGAACUGUUGAACGAACUCAACAAGUGGGAUCGGUCUAUCGGUCGCGAGCCAGACCAAUUCGGGACCAGCAAUCAAGUCAUGAAAAAGGACUUUGACGCUCAAGCAUGGAGUUCUGGAAACAAAGACGAUUUCUCACGCUUGAUAGAGCAAGCAAGACAAGGGAGAAACAAACAAGCAGCUCAACAACAAAAAGAAUCCGCUCUCGCCAAAGACUCCGAAACCAAAGACGAACAGGAUCCAGAAGCCAUGCAAAUUGACACAGCCUCAUCCUCACAACCUCUCGAGCCGGAAAAAGAUCUUCCAAAAGGCUACCACGAUGCAACGAAUCCGCAAGAAAAUUUCCCCGAUGUAGAGCAUCCACCGCCAUCGGGACAGAGGGUUCCUCCUCCGAAACCACUGAAGAAGGAAACUUCCCUACCCGAGACUUUUGGAACAGAUGCGCAGAAGGUGAAUAUGUUUGAGGUUUCGAGUCAUCCUAUUGCUGAUGUUGAUCCGGCCGCUGAGACUGAAGGGCAUUGAGUUGCUGGAUGUUGUGGAAAGUCUGUGUGUGAUGAGAUGGUAUUGUUGUAAUUGAGAAGAUGCAUGGUUGGGGAUGAGGGAUGUGUAUAGGAUGGAGCUUACUCUUGCUUUUACUUCGGUCAGGCAGAAUAUGAUAGGCCUGAAAAACAAUGCCCAAGAAUUUUUACCUGUUUC